UAACCGGGCCGCGCUCCAUUCCGGUCCAUCGCCCCCCCUCGGCCGCCGGCAGCCGGAACCCCAUCUCCCCCACCCGAAUACAAUGGAGACAGACCCAUCUGCGCCACCGCCUGCGGCGGAGGGCGAGCCCAGCGCCGGUCUCGUGCAGACGGUCUCCUCCAUCCUCCUCUCUUCCCAGGCCCCCAAAGCACCUCCCCUGGACCAAUCCCUCGCCCCCUUCCUCCCCCGCCUCUCCCCUCCCUUCCUCGCUCCCAUCAUAUCCGCCGCCGCUGCCGCCCCCUCCUUCUCCAGCCCCUCCCCCCUCCUCUCCUUCUACAACCUCUGCCGCCGUCGACUCCCGGCCCUCUCAAGCAACCCCGCAGCAGCCCUCCCUUCCAUCCUCGCCCUCCUCCGUCCCCUCCUCCGCUUCCACAAGUUCACCGACGCCCAGUCCCUCCUUCUCUCCUUCAUUCCCCUCGACCGCCCUCGUCUCCUCCACCGCCACCUCCUCCGCCCCGACCACCCCCCGUCGAAGGUCCUCCUCGACACCGCCGUCUCCUCCUACGCCCGCCUCCGCCAGCCCCACCUUGCUGCGCAGCUCUUCCAGUCCAUGAAGCGCCGCCGCCUCCGCCCCUCGCUCCGCACCGCGAACAUCCUCCUCGACGCCCUCGUUCGCUCCCCCUCCCCCGCCUCCGUCCCCCUUGCCGUCUUCCACGACCUCGGCGACCUCGGCGUCGCCCCCAACACUCCCACCUUCAACAUCCUCGUCCACGGCUUCUGUUCCCGCGCCCAGUUCGCCGACGCCCUUGCCCUCCUCUCCACCAUGGAAGGCUUUGGCUGCUCCCCCGACACCAUCACCUACAACACCAUCCUCGACGGCUACUGCAAGAAGGGCAUGCUCAAGGAGGCCCGCGACCUGCUCGCCGAAAUGAAGGCCGGGGGACUGUCCCCGGACCGCUCCACCUACAACACCCUCGUCGCUGCCUACUGCCGCCUCGGCUGGCUGAAAGAGGCAACCAAGGCGAUCGAGAUCAUGACGGCGUCCAACUUCCUCCCCGACCUCUGGACCUACAACAUGCUUGUUUCCGGGCUCUGCCGGGAGGGCCGGAUGGACGAGGCUUUUCGGUUGAAGGACGAGAUGGAGAAGCUCCGAGUGCUGCCCGACAUUGUCACCUAUAACACGCUCAUCAAUGGGUGCUUUGAGUGGAGGACUGGCUCGGAGGCGUUCCAGGUAUUGGAAGAGAUGCGGGAGAAGGGCGUCAAGCCGAGCUUGGUCACACACAACACUAUGGUCAAAGGGUUGUGCAAGGAAGGGAAGAUGGAUGAGGCGGUUGAUUCUUUGAGGAAGAUGGAAGAGCAGGGCUUGUCGCCAGACCUCAUAACGUACAAUACUUUGAUCAGUGCAUACUGUAGAGCAGGGAAUGUGGCCAAAGCUUUCAACUUGAUGGAUGAGAUGGUGGGGAGAGGUCUCAAGAUGGACACUUUCACUCUCAACACUGUCAUUCAUAACCUCUGUAAGGAGAAGAGGUUUGAUGAAGCGUGUAGACUGCUCCGUAGUCCCCCAAAGCGGGGUUUCGUUCCUGAUGAGGUCAGCUAUGGCACAGUCAUUGCUGCAUACUUUAAGGAUGAGAACCCAAAUGAGGCAAUGAAGCUUUGGGAUGAGAUGAAUGAGAGAAAGAUAAUGCCAAAUGUAGCAACCUACAAUGCGGUGAUUGGCGGUCUCUGCAGGUUGGGCAAGACCGAGGAGGCAAUUAAGAAACUGAAUGAGCUUUUGGAGAGAGGACUGGUGCCGGAUGAGACUACCUACAAUACUAUUAUUCAUGGGUACUGUAGAGAAGGGGAAUUGGAGAAAGCAUUCCAGUUUCAUAAUAAGAUGGUGGAGAAUUCAUUCAAGCCGAAUGUUAUUACCUGUAAUAUUCUUAUGAAUGGGCUCUGUAAUGAUGGUAAGGUAGAAAAGGCUCUAAAACUCUUUGAAUCAUGGGUGUCAAAAGGGAAGAAGGUGGACAUUAUCACAUACAACACUCUGAUAAAAGGGCUGUGCAAAGAAGGGAGGAUCGAUGCUGCAUUAGAGCUUUUUGCUGACAUGGAAGAGAAGGGUUUGCAUCCUGAUGCUUAUAGCUACAAUGUUGUUCUAUGUGCACUUACCGAAGUGGGAAGAUCAGAAGAAGCACAAAGCCUGCUGUCUAAGAUGGUUGAAACUGGAAAGUUGCCCGAACAAAUAACAUUUCCUUUGUCAGAAGAAGCCAUGUCUGAAGCUGGAAUAGAUAGGAAACCAGAGACGAUGCAUGAUGGAAAGACAGCUGAAGAUCUGAAAGAUAAUUCAGCAACUUUUUCGGAAUGCAUUGGUGAUCUGUGCAACAGCGGGCAAUUCAAAGAAGCUAAGCUUGUCUUGGAAGAAAUGAUGGAGAAAGGUAUAGCUGUUAAGAGUUCUACAUAUGUUACUUUGAUGGAUGGAUUUAUCAAGAGGCAAAAGAGAAUGACAAAAGGAGGGGGAUAAAAUACCCGCUUCAAGCCUCCAUGCUUGUGCAAUGCCAGUCAGUGCAAUGACCAGCAUCUGAACAUUGAUUCAUGAAUUAGAACAUUAAAUUGGUAAAACCCUUGCCAGAAGCUCAAAGUGGUUGGACGAAUUUGAUUUGGCCAACAAGUUGAGGAUGCUAUGGCUUCUGAAUGUACCUAUUUAUUGGGAUGGAGAAAGGUUUCAGUUGGUUUCCUCAAUUUGAGGAAAUCUUAAGAGGAGUUGAUGGUAAAUAGCAAGACUAAGAGGCUCCUAGGGAAGUUGUGGUCCCUCUCAAGAUAUGGAAAACUUUUAUAUGGAUAUAAGGAGAAAAAGGGAAGAGGAGCUAGGCAGGGAAGAGCCUUUAAUUAAGGCUGACCGUGGCAAAACAAGAGUGCAGCUUCAACCGAUCCCCGAUCUAGCGACAUCUUUGGCAGGCAAUCCUCGAGGAGAAACUGAUACGAACAUGGCCGAAUCAUGAUCAAUCUGAGCAAACCCUGCCUAGAUAACCACUGUGUUGAACUUCUAAAUCAGAUGCUCGAGGGGCUUGAAGAGACCAUAGAUCGCUUUGUGUAAGGGGUAGACAAGACAAGAGGAGGAGCGGAAUGUUGUCCGGAGGAGGCUGCAUGUACACCUACAUUCAUGAGGCAUGAGAAGGUCGUAUAAAUCUCGGAAGUCUUAUGAUUCUAUGAGAUGCAUAUUCGAUGUAUAGUUCAACAUUCCAGCAAUCAGUGAUGUUGUUGUUCUGCAAGACUGAAGAGGCAGGAUUGAUAUCUUUGCGUAAUCAUAUUUAUUUGAGGUAUUGAUUGAAUAGCCAAAAGUUUUGCUUAUCCAAUCAUUGUAGCUUAGAAGAUCAUUUCUGGAUGCACCAGUAGCUUGGUGGAAGGCUUAGCUAAGAUGCAUCAAAGGUCUUGAAUGAUAAGAAAUGGUAACAGUCCGCACCAGUCUUGCAUGCCAUUUAGAAUAAUUAAAGCUCAGCAACAUGGUUUAUCACAUGGCAACUUUCUCAACCUCUUUGCAACAAAUUCUUAAAUUUAAAAUCAGUAUAUACAUUAGCAUCUUUGAUUUGAAACU